CGAUUCCAUGUUGUCUUUACCUCUACACACACACACACACACACUACUGUGUGUAACAUACACAAUGAUAAUAUAAUAACAGAAACACAAAAUUUCUACAACUGAUCGGUGGAGAUGGUAUGUUCCGCUCGAUUACUCGAUGUUUCCUAUCCCCGAACGCCGUCGUUUUGUUCAUAUGUUUCGCCUGCACACCAUAACUCCAGGUAUCUCUGUACAAACCCUACAUCUACCGUCCGAUGGCGUUCGAUGUCAUCGUCCGAUCCAGAUGCGUCCAUGUAUGCUUCUGCUGCUUCGAUUGAUGCUGAUUCAGCGGCUAAAAACGCUGCAGGGUUUUGUAUAAUUGAAGGACCUGAAACAGUUCAGGACUUUGAUAAAAUGGAUAUACAGGAAAUUCAGGAUAAUAUUAGGAGUCGUCGGAAUAAGAUAUUUUUGCAUAUGGAGGAGGUUCGUCGCCUAAGGAUACAGCAGAGAAUAAAAAGUGCCGAGCUUGGAAUUGUAGACGAAGAACAAGACAGCGAACUUCCAAAUUUUCCUUCGUUCAUCCCCUUCUUGCCUCCUCUGCAGUCAUCCGCAAAUCUCAAACAAUACUAUGCCACAUGUUUUUCUCUUAUUUCUGGAAUUAUCAUUUUCGGAGGUCUUCUUGCACCUACUUUGGAGCUGAAAUUGGGAAUAGGAGGGACAUCAUACGCUGAUUUUAUUUCAAGCAUGCAUCUUCCAAUGCAGUUGAGCGAUGUUGAUCCCAUAGUGGCAUCCUUCUCUGGAGGAGCAGUUGGCGUGAUCUCAGCCUUGAUGGUGGUUGAGAUAAACAACGUAAAACAGCAGGAGCAUAAAAGAUGCAAGUAUUGUUUAGGAACAGGGUAUCUAGCUUGUGCUCGGUGUGCUAGCACAGGGGCGAUUGUACUUAUUGACCCGGUUGCAUCUGCUAAUGGUGGAAAUCAACCUCUGUCACCGCCUAAAACUGAAAGAUGUUCCAACUGUUCCGGUGCAGGAAAAGUUAUGUGCCCAACUUGUCUUUGUACAGGAAUGGCUAUGGCAAGCGAACAUGAUCCACGCAUUGACCCCUUUGAUUAGUUACGUAUGUAGAUUGAAACUUCACCUCUUGUGCUUGUAACAUAGAAAUCCAACCACAUCAAAUAUUUAUCGUCAGUUCUGGUAUCGUAUAACCUGUGAUGACUAUGAAUACAAUCGAAUCUUGCAUGAGUUUAUAUAGGAUAACUGUUCUGUUGUAUGGCAUGCACUGCACCAAGGCAUCAUGUUGAUGACUUGUUUUUUAUUUUAUAAUAUGGUAGAACUUCAAAUCG